UGUGCUAGGACUAUAUGUGUUAUUAUUAUGCAUUUUUGUCAAGUCUAGAUGUAGGACCCAAGUGUUCCAAUAUCCACGAAACUUCACGAACUACUUGGUUGAAUCAAGUUUGACCAAGGGUGCUUGUGAUUGUUCUCUAAGGUCAAGUAGGU